AUGCGGCUUGCUGAGCCUGGGGGUGCUGAGACUGGGGGUGCUGAGCCUAGGGGUGCUGAGACUGGGGGUGCUGAGCCUGGGGGUGCUGCGACUGGGGGUGCUGAGCCUGGGGGUGCUGAGCCUGGGGGUGCUACGACUGGGGGUACUGAGCCUGGGGGUGCUGAGCCUAGAGGUGCUGCGAAUGAGGGUGCUGAGCCUGGAGGUGCUAGGCCUGGAGGUCCUCCGGGGGCUUCGUCUCGCCGGGAGCCACUUUCUCCCCUGGAGCUGCGCGAGUGGUUUGCACGGCGCUGGAGGCGUGCUGCUGGAGCUGGAGGUUCUUCGACUACUGAGGGUGCUGGUGCCGCGGGUCCCGGAGGUGCUCGUACUGGGAGUACUGGAGAUGCUGGGCCUGCGGGUUCGACUGGAGCUGGUGCUGCUGCGGGCGUUGGUACUGAGCCUACUGCCCGCGGUCCUGGUGGGGGUACUACUGGUGCUGCUGGAGGUUCUGAAGCUGCUGGAGGUGCUGCUGGAGCGGGUGCUCCUUCUGGGGGUACUGGUGCUGUCCCUGCUGUGUCUGGCGUCGCCGCGCGGCCUCGACCGUACUUCGUUCCACUUCUGCAGCAGGUUGUUGGUCUUCCACCUUCUACAGGUCCUCCUUCUUUAGAGCGUCCACAGCCUGUCCCGUCACAGCUACAGUUACAGCCUGCCUCCCCACUACCUGCUCCCUCUCCCUACACUGGUCCUACUGGAGGUCUUGCUGAGCGCUGUAAGCCUGCGUCUCGUCCUGCGUCGCCUGUUCGUGCAGCUCGCACUAGUCGUCGCGGUUCGCGUCACCGUCCUCCUCCUGUCCCUGGCACGCACCAGAUGUCUCUGCGUCCGUCCACUGCUCCUCCGAGUGCCCCUUUGCCUUCUCCUCCUGCGUCCUCUCUUCCUACUCUUGCCGACCCGGAGUCGGACUCUCUUCGUGCUGCCAGUCCUACUGUCACGCGUCUCCUUGCUACUGUCGUCACUGACCCUUCUUUUGAGUCCACUGCUGCAUCUGCCCUAGUUACUGAGCUCGUGGACUUUGCUGCUCGCUGUCGCCUAGACUACACUGCUAGUCUUGUCGCUGAGUCUGAGUCUGUCUGUCCUCCGUCCGUCGGGGGUGAGUGUGCCCUUGGCACGGACGUCCUUGAGGACAGGCAGGAGGAGUUACAGUGCUUGGCCGCUGCUUCACCUCAUCUCGUGUCCGUACUGCUUACCCCUGAGGGAGACCCGGAUGCACUUGACAUCCCGACUCUGCGCUCUUACGUGGAGGCGAUAGAGGGUCCCUACUCUUCUCAGUGGCAGGCAGCUAUGGAUGCAGAGAUGGCGUCCUGGAAGUCCACAGGCACCUACGUUGACGCUGUCCCCCCUCCUGGGGCGAACAUCGUCAGUGGCAUGUGGAUUUUCAGGAUGAAGCGGCCGCCGGGGUCUCCGCCUGUCUUCAAGGCUCGGUACGUGGCUCGUGGCUUCAGUCAGCGGCAGGGAGUUGACUACUUUCAGACCUUCUCUCCCACCCCGAAGAUGACCACUCUUCGGGUGCUACUGCACGUUGCUGCUCACCGUGACUACGAGCUGCACUCCCUCGACUUCAGCACAGCUUUCUUGCAGGGCAGCCUGCACGAGGAGAUCUGGCUGCGUCGCCCACCUGGCUUCACUGGGUCGUUCCCUCCUGGUACCCCGUGGAGCCUCCGGCGUCCAGUUUACGGUCUCCGCCAGGCGCCCCGUGAGUGGCACGACACACUGAGGACUACUCUUGCGGCUCUUGGGUUUGCUCCUUCUACGGCCGACGCGUCGCUGUUUCUGCGCAACGACACCUCUCUGCCGCCUUUCUACAUCCUCGUGUACGUCGACGACUUGGUCUUUGCCACUGCUGACACUGCUGGACUCGCCCACGUGAAGUCCGAGCUGCAGAAGAGACACACGUGCACAGACCUGGAGCACAUGGCUGCAGCGAAGAGGGUGUUGCGCUACUUGUGCAGCCCAUCGGGCAUGGGGCUAGUGCUUGGAGGGCGCAGUCCAGUGGUCCUCAUUGGGCACGCAGACGCUUCCUGGGCUGACGACCAGGCUACACAGCGGUCGUCACAGGGUUACACCUUCAGCCUUGGUUCCGGCACUGUCUCGUGGCGGGCUACUCGCUCGUCUUCUGUUCUCGGCUCCAAUUGUGAGGCUGAGAUCUACGCUGGGGCCAUGGCUGCACAGGAGCUUCGCUGGCUCACCUACCUGCUGACCGACCUUGGAGAGCCGCCUCGUUCUCCUCCAGUUCUGUACGUAGACAACAAGGCCAUGCUGGCCUUGUGUCGAGAGCAGCGACUGGAGCACAGAACGAAGCACAUUGCUCUCCGCUACUUCCUUGCUCGUGAGCUACAGCAGUGUGGUCAGUUGCGGCUUGCGUACGUGGCCUCUGAGGCCAACACUGCUGAUGUUUUCACCAAGGCACUUCCGCCUUGUGAUCAUCAGCGCUUCUGCACUCAGCUGGGUCUUGUCCCUGUCUUGCCUCACUUACUCACCUCUUGA